GCGGGGCGACAGUGUACUUCAGAGCCAAGCCGCCCGGAAGUUCCGUACGGAGCAGCGGGCCCUCGCGGGGGCUGCCGGAAGACGUAGUCCGGCACGCGGGGGCCGCCGGGAACUGUGUGCUUCCGGCCUGGCCAGUCAGCGCGGUGCUACCUGCUCCGCACUCGGAACCCACAGCCGCCGCCCAGGGGGAUGCGGGAGCCCCUGGUCUCGGGGAGCAGAGAGGCAGGCGGGGUGAGGGGCGUUGCCAGGCAACGGGGGAGCGCCGCGGUUGGGCAGGAGCCGAGGACGGCAUGUCCCAGGCCCCAGGAGCACAGCCGAACGCGCCUUCCGUUUAUCACGAACGGCAACGCCUGGAGCUGUGUGCGGUCCACGCCCUCAACAACGUCCUGCAGCAGCAGCUCUUUAGCCAGGAGGCUGCCGAUGAGAUCUGCAAGAGGUUGGCCCCAGACUCCCGGCUGAAUCCCCAUCGCAGCCUCCUGGGCACCGGCAACUAUGACGUCAACGUGAUCAUGGCCGCCCUGCAAGGGCUGGGCCUGGCCACCGUGUGGUGGGAUAGAAGGAGGCCCCUGUCCCAGCUGGCCCUGCCCCAGGUGCUGGGACUGAUCCUGAACUUGCCAUCACCCAUGUCUCUGGGGCUGCUGUCCCUGCCCCUACGCCGGCGGCACUGGGUGGCCCUCCGCCAGGUGGACGGCAUCUACUACAACCUGGACUCCAAGCUGCGGGCGCCCGAGGUCCUGGGGGACGAGGAUGGUGUCAGGGCCUUCCUGGCGGCCGCGCUGGCUCAGGGCCUGUGCGAGGUGCUGCUGGUGGUGACCAAGGAGGUGGAGGAAAAGGGCUGCUGGCUGCAGACAGACUGACCCCGCAGAGGAGGGAACCAGGCUGCCUGGGCAGUCCCUGUGCGUCCACGGCUGGCCCCUGAGUGCCGGGGAAGGACUAGGCCCCACUCCUCCUGGACCCUGCGGAGGCCCCAACCCCUCUCCCAUACCCCUGCUCAACGCCACUGCUGCCUCAAUAAAUCUGCUCCUUUGCUCCCAA